GCCCCAUUUUCUUCCAUGAUAGCGGCGGGGAGCCCCUCCAUCUUCAGGUCCGGGGAGGGGUGCGGCGCUUGCUACCGGAUCCGGUGCGCGGACCACGCCGCGUGCUCCGAGGACCCGGUGACGGUCGUGCUCACCGACGAGUGCCCCGGCGGGCCGUGCCUUGCGGAGCUCGUCCAUUUCGACCUCAGCGGCACGGCGUUCGGGGCCAUGGCGAAGCCCGGGCAGUCCGACCAGCUUCGCGAUGCCGGAGUCCUCCAAAUCCAAUACAAUCGCGUGGAGUGCAACUACGGUGGGGUGGACAUUGCGUUCCGUGUGGACGUAGGGUCGAACCCUUACUACAUAGCGGUGUUGAUCGAGUACGAAGGAGGGGACGGGGACUUGGCGGCGGUAGAGAUCGAGGAGGAAUCGUCGACGUCGCCGUCGUCACCGUCGUCGUAUGGGGAGUCGUCGUCGUGGAUACCGAUGCAACAGUCGUGGGGGGCGGUGUGGAGGCUGAACUCAGGGUCGAGAUUGCAGCCGCCAUUCUCGUUCAGGCUGACGUCGGGGUUGGAGCGGAAGAUCCUGGUGGCCAGCAAUGUGAUUCCGGUUGGGUGGCAACCGGGCGCCACCUACAGAUCCGUGGUCAACUACAGCGACUAGAUUUAAUGUAGUUGUUAGUACGUAGAGAAUGUAUGGUAAAUAAAGUC